AUGGACCGGAGGAUCAACGUGAACGGUGGCGCCGCGGACAUUUUUCACAAAACUCUCAGCGCUAAAAUGGACCCGUUUAGGUCAGCACCGGGUUUGGAGCGUGCACAGAGGGAGCGCCAGUCGCCCAUCAGCUGCUUCGACCAGACUGACCCGGACCCCAUUCAGCCCGGAGGACUGGCUGGUGCGAGAGGCGGGCCACUGGGGUUGCCCACCGGUUCUCUGUGCGUAAAGUACGGUGAAAGCGCCAAUAGGACAUCGGCAGCAGAAAGCAGUGGAGGGGAGCAGAGCCCGGACGAUGACAGCGACGGCAGGUGUGACAUGGUGCUACUGAGCGACGGGCGGACAGUAAGCGCGGGCAAAGCAGAAGGAGGUAAGAAAACCAAAGAACAGAAGAUACUGAGGCUAAACAUCAAUGCCAGGGAGCGGCGACGGAUGCACGAUUUGAACGAUGCGCUGGACGAGUUGAGAGCAGUGAUCCCUUACGCUCACAGCCCGUCAGUGCGCAAACUCUCCAAAAUAGCAACUUUGCUCCUCGCCAAGAACUACAUCCUGAUGCAAGCACAGGCACUGGACGAGAUGCGGAGGCUAGUGGCAUAUCUUAACCAAGGCCAGGCCAUCUCUGCUGCCUCCAUCCCGGCCACCACUGCUCUCGCAGCGCCUGGCCUCGGCGGGUACGAGCAGCCGCCCGGUUACCCAUUUCCCACUGGAGUGCCCGCAUCCUCGUGUCCUGAUAAAUGUGCCCUUUUCAACAACUCAGCAUCCAGUCUCUGCAAACAGUGCACUGACAAGCCUUAA